UGAUAAUUGAAGUCUAUGCGUUUGAAACGUCUGUUCAAGGUAUGCUUCCGAGAAUUUCUACCGGAGCAUACUUACGUACACAAUUUUUUAAUUAAGACCACCAAAUGCCAACCUAUUUAAGGCUCUCCGAAUGCCUCCAUUUCCCAAGCACACCGGCUCGAUCAGCUGUCAACACUAAUCGAAACCUCCUUGCAAAAUUGCAAAUUUGCAAUACAUCACUCAGCCGAUAAGCCACGUUGAGCCCGCGACAGCCGACGCGGGCGCGCCAUGGCAGUGGCACCUCCUUCGCCGCUGUCCCUCGUCUUCGUCGUCCUCGCGGCCGUCUCGCUCUCGGCCUCGGCGGCCGCCGCACCGGCGUCGGUAUUGCCCAGAGGAGCCAUCCCGACCAAGUCGGGCUACCUCCCCAUCCCGCCGGCAAACGCUUCGCUCUACUUCGCCUUCUACGAGGCCACCGAGCCGGUGACACCGCCCGCCACCACGCCGCUUCUCGUCUGGCUGGAGGGCGGCCCCGGCUGCUCCGGCUUCCUCAGCAACUUCCUCCAGAUCGGCCCUUACCUUCUCGCCGGCGGCUCACUGUCUCCCAACCCCUUCGCGUGGAACCGCCGCUUUGGUCUCCUCUUCAUCGACAGCCCGCUCGGCACCGGCUUCAGCGUCGCGCCUUCCCCCGCCGCCAUCCCCACCAACCAGUCCGUCGUCGCCGACCACGUCCUCGCCGCGCUCCAGUCCUUGUACUCCCUCGAGCCGAGCUUCCGUGCCCGCCCUCUGUACCUCACCGGCGAGAGCUACGCCGGCAAGACCAUCCCCGCGGCCGGCGCGCUCAUAGUAGCAACAAACCCGACGUUGCCGGAGAAGAAGAGGAUUAACCUGCGCGGCGUGGCCAUCGGCAACGGGAUGACGCACCCGGUCACGCAGGUGACCACGCACGCGGACAUCGCCUACUUCAUGGGCCUGAUCAACGGGAAGCAGAAGCGGGAGGUGGAGGCGAUGCAGGCGAGGGCGGUGGAGCUGAUCAAGGCGGAGAGGUGGAGCGAGGCGUACGUCGCGCGGGAGGGCCUUCUGAAGUGGAUGGAGAACGCCUCCGGUGUGCCGUCGCUGUUCGACGUGGAGGUGACGACGUCGCUGGAGGCGGAGGCCGCGGCGCUCGCGCCGCUGCUGAACGGCGCCGAGGCGAAGGCGGCGCUGGGCGCGCGGGGCGACGCGGAGUGGAAGAUGUGCAGCGCGGCGGUGGGCGCGGCGCAGCACAAGGACGUGAUGAAGAGCGUGAAGCCGGAGGUGGAGGCGCUGCUGCGGCGUGGGACGACGCCGACGCGCGUGCUGCUGUACGGCGGGAUCCGCGACGUGAAGGACGGGCCGGUGUCCACGGAGGCGUGGGUUCGGGAGCUGGAGUGGGACGGCCUCGCCGCGUUCCAGGACGCCGACCGCGCCGUGUGGCGACACCGAGGCGGCGAGCUCGCCGGGAGCGUGCAGCGCCACGGCGCGCUCGUGAACGUUGCGGUGUAUGGCGCGGGGCACUUCGUGCCGUUUUCUCAAGGGCGCGCGGCGCAGGAGAUGAUCGAGGAUUGGGUGUUCGGCAAGGGAUUGUUCGGCGCCAGCGGCGGGAAGGCGUAAGGCAAAAUGUUUCUUCAUUUAUAGUAGGGAGUAUUUUCUCCGUUUCAUAAUGUAAGACUUUCUAGCAUUGCUAAUAUCUAUAUAGAUAUUAAUGAAUCUAGAUACAUAUAUAUAUAUAUAUCUAUAUUUAUUAAUAUCUAUAUGAAGUAAGUCUAGAAAGUGUUACAUUAUGAAACGGAGAGAAUAUGUAGUUAGUCCGCUGCCACGGCCGUACACACCGUAUUGUGCUCUGUAGUUUAUACGUAGAUCAUUUCAGCACCUAUGAUAAAUAAAUAAAUAAAUAAAAUUUUGGAUCAAUGCGCCUUGCCUCUU